AAACUGACACAAACAGACGCAGUGUGUGUCGCCCCUCCCUCAGUGACCCCCAAACCUCCGUCACAGAGUCUCACUGUUCAGUUCUCAUCCAAACAUGCAGAAAAAACACUCUUUAGUUGACAGGAUGGCUGCAGCGUCAUAUCCAUCACCUCUGGCCUUCAUCACCUUCCUCUUCAUCCUGUCAGGUGGACCGCUGAUGUCUGUGUCCUGUUUUAAAGUGACAGAAGGGGGCGUGGCCUCUCUGUCCUGUCAGUACUCCGUGAAGCGAUUUGGUCUGAGUCGGGUCUGUUGGGGUCGAGGCUGUGGGACCUUCUGGUGCAACAACAUCCUGGUGCAGACAGACGAGAACGGUGCCAUCUCCCAGGUGGAUGACAGAUAUCAGCUGACGGGGGACAUCCUGGAUGGACAGAUGGACCUGGACAUCCUGAAUGUGAGGAGGACAGACAGCGGGCCGUACUGCUGCAGGGUCGACGUUGACGGCCUGUUUAACGACAAGAAGAUGAUCAUGAACCUCAGAGUGGUGAAAGCUGGGUUCUUUAACCCAGCUAACAGUGUCUUUCUCUCAGCUCCAUCCACCAAUCCUCCUCAAACAACCACAACAACGGUGAUGACAACCGCCAGAGUCACAGAGGCGAGGGCCACUGAGGUCUCCACAGAGCUGACCACCACAGUAAACUGGAAAACCCUGCUGUCGUCCCAGCUGGACCUGCUGAGGAGAAACUCCACGCUGCUGCGCUCUGACGCCAUCACUGUGGAGGAUCCUCUACCGUCCCUGUCUCUUCAGAUCAAUGCUCCCGUCCUCUCUCUCUCCCUCAGCAUUUUGCUGCUCAUCGCUGCAGUUUUCCUCUUUCUGGCCUUCAAACGUGGGAUCUACAGAGGCAGUUUAAAGACAGGAUGUUUGUCUUCAGAUGAACCUCCUCACAUCAUCUAUGAGAUCCGCAUGAGGAGACCAGUGCAGGAGAACAUCUACACUCUGGACUAGAGCAUUUAUGACACAGAAACAAAAGGCCUCUUCACAAAGACAGAACUGUUAAAACAUCCGGAUCCAGCCUGGGAUUUUAUGUUUUACUUCUAAUGAGUCUGACUUUUUAACUGCGGCAUAAAGCAGUAUUUGUCCAUAUGGGGGUGAAAGGACAGGGAUGAUUUUGUUGUGAAAAAGUAUGUUUUCUUGGGUUGUAGAUGUACAAUGGAAAACAUGCCGAGUGUAUAACAAUGUAUAUGAGUGUAUAAUCAGGACUCAAACAGAAUCAUUCAUACAGACCAGAUAUGCUGAAUAAGAGCUGGAGUUUGCAGUUAACAUGUUUUCAAUUUUUGUGUUUUAAAUGUUUUGUUCCUUCAGUGUGAUUAUACUGUUGGUAGAAAAAACAAGCAAGCUUCCUAUG